CACACACACACGCACACACACACACACAGAGGAGGAUGAGAUGGUCCCGGGUACUCGGCUGUUCAGAUUUCACUUAGAGGGGUCGAGGAGCGCUGGUGGAGGCAUGGACUUUGGCCAGGAGGGGCACUGAAAACACUUUGGGCUGGACACCGAGCCGCUUCAGCUGACCUUGGAAACUGAAAGGAGGGAAGUCGAAUCGAGUGACGCAAGCGUACAUCAAGUUCCAUGAUGGCGCUCCCCAGUGACCUCUCUCUUUUCAACGCCACCCCCCCCUCCCUCAAUCUGACGACAGACGACAACUGCACGGACUGGCGUCCCGUCCCCAUGACCACCGUCAUCCCCGCCAUCUACAGCGUCAUCUGCGUGCUGGGGACCGUCGCCAACGCCCUGGCCGUGUGCGUGCUGGCGCACGGCAGCGCCUCCAGGAGGACGGUGGCGAACACCUUCAUGCUGAACCUGUGCGUCUCCGACCUGCUGUUCCUGCUGUCGCUCCCGCUCUGGGCCGUCUACUACUCCUGGGGCUACCACUGGCCCUUCGGCGCCGCGGCCUGUAAAAUCUGCGGCGCGCUGCACAACCUCAACCUCUACGCGUCCAUCUUCUUCAUCACGUGCAUGAGCAUGGACCGAUACCUGGCCAUCGUGCACCCGCUGGGCUCUCAGAUUUCCCGAGACCCCAAGCGCGCGCAGCUGCUGUGCGUCCUGGUGUGGGUGCUGGCGUGCGCGUGCACGGCGCCCACCGUGUUUCUGAGAAACACUCGCCACAUCCAGUCCCUCGGAGUGGAGGCCUGCGUGAUCUUCUACCCCCUGCAUGUCUGGUAUCUGACCCUGACCGGGAUGAAGAUGGUGCUGGCCUUCCUGCUCCCGCUGCUCAUCAUUUCGUGCUGCUAUUGCGCCAUCGGGAGACAUCUGUUGGCCGACACGAGCCUGAUGAAAAUGCAGACUCCGUCACAUCCUCCCAAGACGCCGUCGUCCAGUUCUCGGGGGUCCCACGAGGACUGCAGCAGACCGGAGAGGCCUCCGACCCCGAGUGUGAGACCGAGCCAGGGCGGGGGCUGCAGACCCCGGGAGGGGAGGGGCCUAGAGAGGGUUCUGUGGACGGUCGCCGCCGUGGUCUUGGCCUUCUUCAUCUGCUGGUUCCCGUUCCACUGUGUGACCUUCAUAGACGUCCUGAGCAGCGAGGGCUGGCUGGACGGCUGCUGGGUGCACUGGACCAUCCAGAACCUCACGCCCCUCACGCUCUGCCUGGGCUUCUCCAACUCCGCCAUCAACCCCGUGCUCUACUGCUUCAUCGGGAACCACUUCCGGGGCCGCCUCCGAGGCCUCUGCAAGGGCCUCGGAGCGUGUUUGAAGGCCCACAGGGAGGAGCACAGCCAGAAGAGGGGCUCCUUCAGCACCAGGCUCAGCUCCUUUUCAAGAAAACUCAGUGACCUCAAAGACCUGGCGAUCGCGGAGCCGUCGGGAAGUGCUUAGCAGCCUCCCGGCUCCCGGUCUCGGAGGAGGACAGCCUCUCCCGUCUCCUCGCUGGCUUCACACCCCGAAGAUUGAACAUCUAAUGACUGCUAAAGCCUCAUAAGCACGGAUGUGUGAGAUGGAGCUGUUACCGAGAGUCAAAUUCCUGCAGGGCUCGGAAGUGUCUCUCCAAGAAAAAGCAACCAGAAAACACGAGACUCUACGAGAGGUUUUGGUUUUUCCAAUCCGACAAAUUUCUGUUUUGAAGCCGAUUAUUAUCAAACACACUGAAUUUAAACAGUUUCAAAGCAGGUAGUCUGUAUUGCUAAUGAGCACUACAGUACAGCCGUCUGACUUGCUGCGUUGCGCUGCCGUUAGGAUUCGGUCUCAUUACGUCUUUCUGGUGUCAGCAGGCGGCUCCUUUUUGUAGAAAAUCUCUGGUAAAGCCUCAGUACACUACCUGCUCAGCCCUGCACAGAACUGACACACACACACACACACACACACACACACACACACACACACACACACACACACACACACACACACACACACUUAGAGACUAACUGGUGGGGCUAGUGGAGCAUUUAGCAGCUAAAGAAGCUGAAACUUCCUCCAGGAGUCAGAGUAAAUAUCGUGAAUACUGGACCUAUAUUCAGCAGGUGAACCGAAACACAUCUUCAGACAAUCAAUACAUGCUGAAUCAUGAACAGAAUCAACAACUAAAUAAAAAAUAACAACAUUCUCUGGCAGUAUUCAGUCAGUACAGAAGAAAUCUGGAGGGGAAAAGAAACACAAAUAGAAUAAAUAUUGAUGCUGAAAAUUCAAAUGUGCUCAGUAGUUAAGAAUUAAAUGAAAGAAUAAUGAAAUGAUUGAUAACAAUGUUUGCUGGCCUUCUGGAGGUUUAAUUAGUUUUGUUGUCAUUACGUUUGGAAAUCAUCAUCCCAACAAAUAAUCAACUGAGAGCAAGUUAUGGAUUAAAAACCACGCGAAGCUAUUCUGACUCAGCCACCAUGUCAAUAAAGGAACACCUAUGAAUAAUUACUGUUAGAGGGAUUAGUUUAAGCAGGAAGUGUUUGGGGUGUCUCUUUCUAUAUUUAAAUAUUGUUCGGGGCGAAUUUGUGUUGUCUCUCUCAAGAAUUAUCAAUCAUUCAUCAAAGAUAAUCUGUAGUAUUGAAUGAAACUUUAAACAUCAGGACUCUGUCCAAUGUUUUUCUUUUCUGUCAUGAUCCAGAAAAUUAUUUCAGAUACUAAAUUUAGUCUAUAAAAACUCUAUUAUUAAAAAUGCUUUAAUCAUAUUUUGCAAUGAUUCUGUAGUGGAAAUUCAAUGUAAUAUAGAAAUAACUAAUGACGAAAAUAACAAUGUUUAUUUGACAGAAAGAUAAUGGAUCAGUAGAUGAUUUACCUGAUUUAAUGAACUGUUUAUUAAAAUAAUGGUGGACCAUCAGAUCCUCUGUGCAGUGGAAACUUCAACAAACAUAAGCUAGGAUAGGAACGCUGCUGAUUUAAUCUCCUGCACAGUCAGACUUCUAACAUGUCGGGAAAUCAAAGUAAAUGUGCAUAAUUUUCAGAAAGCAUGCAUUUGUUGGUAAAAUUGCACACCUACUUCUAGCAGGCGGCUAUGGACUUUUCCUUUUAGAUUUGCUGAUGUUACAUCAUAUAUUCUGCCAACAUUUCUAUUUAACAGUCAUAAAUUAUAUGGUAAAUAGGUUGGUGAGCGGUGAGACACUUCUUUUAACUUUGAAGCUGCUGAAUUUGAGCUAUAAAUAUAAAUAUAGGGUGAUUAAUAACCAUUACCAUGUGUAUUGUCUUUGCUUUCUCUCCUGGGACCAAGAUAUUAUGUGUAUAAUUAACUUACAACAUAUUCGUAUCAUCCUGUAAAAGCAGUUUGAAGUAACUA